AUGAAGUUCUCAUUUAAGAUGCCAUUACUGGCUUUGUUUAAAUAUAAACCAGCUAAAUUUAGUAUCAAUUUAGAGAGGGAAAUUCGUACUAAAUUAGAUUCAUUACCAUCAAUUACCAAAAUUUAUACUAAUCCUGAUGGAACCCCAAGAGUUCCAACAGAAGAAGAAUUUAAAAUUAUAGCAGAUUUACAAAACUUAUAUUAUCAAAGAAAUCAUUCUAUUUAUAAUGUUUUAAAAACUAUCCCCCAGGAACAAUGGAAUUUAUAUAACGAUAAUUCAGAAGAUUUAACUCAUUUUCAAUUUGUAACUAAAGAUGCUGGUAAAAUCAUUGAUAAAAUUCCUUAUAGAGAUGAAGCUACCAAUGAAUUAAAAUGGAGAAUUAUUCGUGAAACUGAAGGUGCUGAAGGUUGGGAAAUUCCAUAUUUUUAUAUUGUUUUACCUAUUGUUGCUUAUAUUGCUUAUGCUAAAUAUGUUCAACAAUCUAUACAAAGAGAUCUUAAUGGUCCUGAUUGGGCAGAAAGAGAAAUUAGAUUAAGAGCAAUGGAAGAUCAUUUCAAUGGUGACACUGCUAAAGCUAUUGAAUUCUUAAGUAAUGAAGGAAAGUCAAAGAAGGAAAUUAGAGAAAGAGAUGAUUUGGUUAUUGCAAAGAUUUUAGGUGGUGAUUAUGAUAAAUUAUCUGAAUUAACUAAGAAAAUGCCAAAGAUUAAACGUGAUGUUGAUCCUAUCUUUAAGAUUUAA